AUGGAUGUGGAGGGGAAUCAACACACUCCAAGAGGGGGUGGAAAGGGGGUGGGGGAUUUUGGGGUUUGUAGUUUAAGUAGUGUAGUUUGGUGUUGGUGUGGGGGAAGGGGUUUUUGGGGGGUUUGUGGGGGGGGUGGGUGGGUGGGUAGGGUGUGGGGUUGGGUUGGUAGAGGGUGGUGUUUGUUUGUUUGGGUGGGUGGGGGGGGUGGGGGUGGGUGGUUGGGGGUGGGGUGGGGUGUUUGGGGUGGUGGGGGUGGGGGUGUGGGGGUGGGGUUGUGGUGGGUUGUGGGGUUGUGGGGUGGGUGGGUUGGGGGUGUGGGGUGGGGGUGGGUGUGGGUGGUGGGGUGGGUGGGGGGGUGUGGGUUGGUGGGGGGGGGUGGGGGUGUGGUGGGGGGGUGUGGUGGUGUGGUGUGUUGGGGUGGGGGGGUGGGGGGGGUGGGGGGUGGGUGGGGUGGGUGGGGGGGUGUUGGGGGGUGGGGUGGUGGGGUGGGUGUGGGGGGGGGGGGGGUGGGGUGGGGGGGGGGUGGGGUGGGGGGGUGUUGGUUGGGGGUGGGGGGGGGGGUGGGGGGUGGGGUGGUGGGUGGGGGGGGUGGUGGGUGGGUGGGGGGGGGUUGGGGGUGUGGUGUGGGGGUGGGUGGGGGUGGGGGGUGGUGGGGUGGGGGGGUGGGUUGUGGUGGGGUGGGUGGGGGGUGGGUUGUGGUGUUGUGGGGUUUUUGGGUGGUGGGGGGGGGUGUUUGGGGGGGGGUUUGGUGUUGUGGGGGGGUUGUGGGGGUUUUGGGGUAUUGUUUUAGGUGGUUUGGGGGUUGUUGGUGUUUUGUUUGA